CAUGACAGUUCCUCGGACAUAUGCACGAUCCGCAUGUAUUGAAUUUGAAUUCGUCCGCAAUGAAACAUAAUUUAAAAAAAUGGCGUCUCUUCUAGAAAAGUAAACUCUUGUGCGUUUAGCUAAACAUUCGCUGCCCUUACGUUUGAAAUGAACUGCUCUCACACGUGACAACAAAUAUACGAUACCUUUGGCGAGAGAUGACGGUGGUGAAUCUGUCCUUCGCUGCGUGUGGGUUUUUGGGCAUCUACCACUUGGGAGCUGUGGGGGCUUUUCUCCGUCAUGGGGACAAGCUGCUGACCUCCCUCAAGUCCUGUGCGGGGUCUUCAGCUGGGGCCCUUGUUGCUGCCGUCAUGCUCACGGCUCCUGAGAAAGUCAAGCACUGCAAAGAAUUUACAUACGAUUUUGCUGAAAAUGUAAGACAACAGAGGUAUGGAGCAAUCACGCCUGGUUUUAACGUCUUGUCCAAGCUGCGGGAAGGGAUUGAGGAGAUGCUGCCUGUUGAUGCACACAUCCUGGCAUCUGACCGCCUCCAUGUCUCAUUGACACACUUCAGAAGUGGCAAGAACCUCAUUGUGUGUCAGUUUAACUCCAGAGAGGAGCUCAUAGAGGCACUCCUGGCCAGCAGCUUUGUGCCAGUUUAUUCCGGGCUCCAACCUGUGGCGUUCCGAGGACAGAAAUGGAUUGAUGGAGGCUUCACUGACAGCCUUCCAAUCCUGCCUGUUGGCCGAACCAUUACGGUGUCCCCGUUUGCUGGGCAGGAGGACGUGAGUCCAUUGCACAAGGGCCAUUGGUUCAAGACCCAACUCAGUUUGGCUAACAUGAACAUAUUGUUCUCCAUGGAAAACAUCAAACGACUGAGCCAGGCUUUAUUCCCACCAUCUACCAAUGCAAUGCAUUCCCUCUGUCAGGAAGGUUUUGAUGACGCCAUGAGGUUCCUGAAGACAGAGGGUUGGAUGAAGUAGAGGGCUGAGAGUCAGAACAGAUGGUGUCAAUUUCACAUUUAAUAACUUUGUAAGUUCUAGACCAUAAGCAGGGUCUGCAUUGGUUUUCAGUGCAGUAUGCGAAAGCAACGACUUCCCCUUGGGCAGAAUGUGAUGUUCUGACUCCACUCAAUAUGUCAGGAAGAAAGCAAAUGAAUUCGGCACUGAUCUGUGAAACCGGCGGGGAUUCAUUCUCUGAAUUGGUUGCCUGAUGUUAGCAAACUAUCCCACAGUGCAUUUGAUUUUAUUGACCUGUUUCUUUCUGUGAGAUGUUGAUUUGCAGUCAUGGUUUUCCCCAUUAUGUUAUGUAAGCUUACAUGCUCCUUGUGAUAAUUAGACUUUAGUAACACUUCCCUUAUAUUACUUUAAACUGUAGGCAAACUAUUUCCCAGCUCACAUGUAAUAUUUCAUCCUCUUGUACUACAAAAUUCACUUCCACUAGUAGAGCAGAUAAAAGGAUCCCUAAACUGCCCCACUGGGGGAGCUGACUUUGCAAUUUGUACACAGGCCUCGGAAGCCUAUUCUUGAUAAUUCCAGGAAUGCAUUGUUAGUCAGGUUGUUUUUAUCAUUUACUGAAUGUAUGUCAUUUAUACACAGGUAUUUAGUUUUGCUCGCUGACAAGAGACAAAUCCAUAAAUGAAAAUAAACCAUUGUCUGCAUGUA